AUUUGGCUUAAUACUAGUUGCAAAUAAAGCAGUGAACUUUCAGUGCUGAUGUGCCUUUAAGAACUGCAUCAGCCAACGGGAAAUGUUUCAUUUUUUCUUGGCGGCCCAAACAAAUCAGUAAGGCAGCGAGGCGGUGUGUUUCGUUGUAUAUAUGAUUUAUGUGUUCGUUUAGAGUAACAACUGAAAUGAUAAUCGGGUGCUAUUAGACUGUGAAUGUAUGAUUCCUGUAGCUGGCUCUUUCACACCCCUGUAGACAAAGCUGGAUUUUCACCGUAAUGCAUUGCUAAGUACCUAGCUAGCAUAAUAGAUCAGCUUUUCUCCCAAGUGCGGCACCGAGAAUACAUUAUACUCAUGAGUCGUACGUUUUUGUUUGUUUGCUUGUUGUUUAAAGAAAUCACAUGACAAAUGAGAAAUGGUUCUCGUUGACUAGCCGAAAUACAAUCCCUAUCGCUAUUCACUGGUGUGCAGUGUAACACUGCUGGGGAAGUUUAUUUCCGGUGCACUGAGAGAGAGAGAGAAAGUCAAUGGCCGCUGCAAAACAUUGAGUAAAUCGCCUAGUUUCCCUGUUAAAAGUCGUUUCCAGGAGCAGAGAAAAUGAAUGGGAAAAUCAUUCCUAACACUCCCAUGGCUGUGGACUGUUGGCAGCUCAGAAAGUGCAGCCACGUCCGGCUUUUCUUCCUCUCACACAUGCACUCAGACCACACAUCUGGCCUCACAUCCACCUGGAGCCACCGGCUCAUAUACUGCUCUCCUCUCACCUCCAAGCUCCUCAAACUCAAACUACAGGUGAACGAAAAAUGGAUCAGGCCUCUUGAAGUCGGGGAGCCAUACAUGUUGCCUCUGGAUGAUAUUGGGAAGGAAAAAUUGACUGUUACCCUUAUUGAUGCCAACCACUGUCCCGGGGCUGUUAUGUUUUUCUUCGAGGGCUACUUUGGCACGAUUCUUUACACUGGUGACUUUCGGUACACUCCAUCAAUGCUGCGUGAGCCGUGUCUCCGGAAUAACACUACCAUCGAUGUGCUUUAUUUGGACAACACUAACUGUGAUCCCACACGUUCUAUUCCUACUCGCCAACGAGCCUGUCAGCAGAUAAAGGAGAUCAUACGAGGUCAUCCAAACUACACUGUGGUCAUUGGCAUGUAUGAUCUGGGGAAAGAGUCUCUGCUCGUGCAGUUGGCACUGGAGUUUAAGACCUGGGUGGAGGUAGAUAUUAAGCGCCUAGAAACCCUACGGGUGUUGGAGCUGCCCGAUGUAUUCAGCACAGAGCCAGGCUCAGGGCGUCUUCGUGCCGUUGCUCAGUCCGAGGUCAAUGCAUCAAACCUGCUGGCCUGGAAUAAAGAGCGACCUACAAUCGCUAUACUGCCCACAAGCCGCCCAGUGGUCUCCUGCCACCCUAAUGUCCAUGUCGUGCCCUAUUCAGACCACUCCUCCUACCAGGAGCUGGAGGAUUUUGUUUCGGCUUUGCGUCCAGUCUCACUGGUGCCGAUUGUGGGCAGCUGCAUGCCGAACUUCUCCUCUCUUCUGUGCCGACGCAAAAGGAGGCAUGACGUGGUGAUACCCGAGUCAGUACAGCACUACAUGAGGGCAAAGCCUAAUGUUCAGCCUUUUACAUUCAGAAGAAACUUUCUUCCCCAUUCUUUGCACACAGUGCCUCGAGGGGUUGUUUUUGAAUCACCUGGAAAGAACUCCAGACUCCAAUGCAAUAAUGAUGGAGAUUCAGAUGUUAUGGAAGCAGAAGAUGAUGUAGAUGUCGAUUCUGAAGUGGAUGUAGACUCCAAUUGCAUUCUGUUAGACAUGAGCACAGACCUCUCACAUGAUGUUAAUGCUCAAAAUUCUCGAAAGAGUCUAAAUCUAACUCGGGACACAUCGGCAGAAACAACCUCGCUAAAUGAGACCGAUUCCCUCAUUUCCAUGGAAGGACCAAGGUCACCUAAUAUUAAUAACAAAAGCAUUUUUACAAAAAGCAAACUUUCAGCCUGUGAUACAGUUACCACUGGGACCUCUAACAAAAAUCCCAGGAAGAAGAGCCUCAAAGUGGGAAACAUUAACUGCAGAGUGACAUGCUCAUUAAUGGACAGCAUUAGUCCCCAUGGCAGCAGCUGUGUAAUGACUCUAGCAGCUUCAACACCAUCUGAAACACAUCCUGAAUCAUCAGAUGCAUUUAAUACAACCGAGAGAGGGAAAACCGAGCAGUGGCUACUCAACAACUUCACUAUUCCAGAGGAAGAACUAACACGUCAACAUGGAGUCUUUCAGAGUCUACAUGAGGUGUAUCCACUCACGCCAAUCAAUAUACCAAAACCUGAGGGUGAUCCGUUUGAGGCUGCAAUACAGAGGCUUAAAUCCAAAUAGGUACCUAAAAUAUUUAGGGGGAAAAAAAACAAAAACACCAACACAUAAGCUGUCCAUCAUCAUUACAGAAGUAAAAUAAAUUUACAAAAGUGUCAAAA